AUGAUGAAACGCAAAUCUCAGCUGUCAUCAUUCACCUUAGUGACGGCGGCAAUUUUACCUUUUGCCCAUUUUGUGAUGGGAGGCACAAGUCUCGCACAAAAGCCUCAGAUGGGCUGGAACUCAUGGAACGCAUUCAAAGCGACGGUCAACUAUACGAUAGUUCAAGAAGUUAUUUCGCUGUUCGAUACGCUUGGGCUGAAAGAGGCGGGCUACGAGUACGUGCUGCUUGAUGAUGGAUGGGCAAGUUACAAUCGCACGUCCGACGGGUAUCUUCAAGCCAAUGCAACAUCCUUUCCUCAGGGUAUUAAGGCACUGGCGCAAGAGGUGCACGGUAAGGGCCUAAAACUAGGCCUUUAUGGAGAUAGUGGUCAUUACACCUGUGCGUGGAGACCGGGAAGCUGGGGAUACGAAGAGCGAGACGCUCAAACGUUCGCGGGCUGGGGCGUCGACUACCUCAAGUACGACAAUUGUGGCGGAUUUCAGUCGAUGACAGAGGCCCCUCAGAUACGCUUUGGGGCAAUGAAGAAUGCUCUCACGCUUUCGGGUCGAGAUAUCUUCUAUUCCGUGUGUGGAUGGGGUUAUCAGUUUCCCUGGCACUGGGGAGGAGAUAUUGGUCACUCAUACAGAAUGUCUGGUGACAUUACAACAAGCUUCACCAACGAAACUGAGUGCCAGUGCAAGACCGCCUACUGUCUCAAUACCGGCCAAUAUCAGACGCCAGGUCAUUGGUUGGAUAUGGACAUGCUAGAAGUCGGAAAUGCAAAUUUCACACUCAACCAGCAGCAGACGCACUUUGCAUUCUGGGCGGCGCUGAAGUCUCCCUUGAUCAUUGGUGCUGAUCUCAGCAAGCUUUCCAAUGACAGUUUAGCUGUUCUCACCAACAAGGCUAUCAUUUCGAUCAAUCAAGACGCGCUGGGGGAGCCUGUGACGUAUCGCGAAGCACAUAGCAAAGAAGGUCUCUUCCAGGUAUGGGCUGGGAAGGUUGAGGACGGAUAUGUUGUUCUGCUGCUGAAUGAGAAAAGCUAUCCGCAAACUGUGUCUCUGAGCUUUGCCAGUUUGGGACUUGGCUCACCUCAGAAGGUCACUGAACUUUGGUCGGGGCAGACUUUGCAGGAUCUUAGCAUGAUUUCUGCAAACCCACAAAGUAGACAAAUAGACAUAUUGAAUAUAAAGUAG